AUGGGAAGUGGGAGAGGUGCAGGAAAUCACUUCCUGUUGAUGUUUGGCUCAGAGAGGAAGGACAAUGUGUUUCAACAUCCCUUGCUUUAAAAAAAGAAAAGAAAAGUGUAUUUAUUUUCAUUGAGAAGAAGAAACCAACUAACUGUGGAGGUUAACAGAUAGGGAGAGUUCAUUUUUCUUCUACAGGUCAAGAGGCCAGUUAAUGAUUAGUGCCACCCAAGCGGGUAUUUGGUGUCCAAAACUUUGAGAGGCUGGCUUGUAGGAGUCAGCUUCACCCCAGCUCUGAGACUUGCAGCUCAGCGAUGCCCCCAGGUCUCAGGAAGAUACAGUUCUGCUCAUGGGGACUCCUUUUGUGGCUCAGCAUUGGAAGUGCAGGGGAUGCACCUCCUACCCCACAGACAAAGUGCACUAACUUCCAGAACGCUAAUCUUCUCCGAGGCACCAAUCUCAAAGUCCAGUUUCUCCUCUUCACCCCUUUGGAUCCCAGCUGUGGGCAGCUAGUGCAGGAAAGUAGUGACCUCCAAAACUCUGGGUUCAAUGCCACUCUAGGAACCAAACUACUCAUCCAUGGAUUCAGGGCUUUAGGUACAAAGCCUUCCUGGAUUGAUAAAUUCAUUGGCACUCUUCUUCGGGCAGCAAAUGCUAAUGUGAUUGCUGUGGACUGGGUUUAUGGUUCUACAGGUGUCUACUUCUCAGCCGUGGAAAAUGUGGUUAAGCUGGGACUUGAGAUCUCCCGUUUCCUCAGAAAACUUCUGGUGCUGGGUGUACCGGAGUCUUCAAUCCACAUCAUUGGUGUUAGCCUGGGGGCCCACGUUGGGGGCAUGGUGGGACAUUUCUACAAAGGCCAAUUAGGACGGAUCACAGGCCUGGACCCUGCUGGACCGGAGUACACCAAAGCCAGCCUGGAGGAGCGCCUGGACCCUGGAGAUGCCCGCUUCGUGGAGGCCAUCCACACAGAUGCUGACAAUUUGGGUAUCCGGAUUCCUGUUGGACACGUGGACUACUUUGUCAAUGGAGGCCAAGACCAACCCGGCUGUCCCACCUUCAUUCAUGCAGGCUACAGUUACCUGAUCUGUGAUCACAUGAGGGCUGUGCACCUCUACAUCAGUGCCCUGGAGAAUUCCUGUCCACUCGUGGCCUUUCCCUGUGUCAACUACAAGGCCUUUCUUGCUGGACAAUGUCUGGAUUGUUUUAACCCUUUUCUGCUUUCCUGCCCAAGAAUUGGGCUGAUGGAACAAAGUGGUGUCAAGAUAGAGCCGCUUCCUAAGGAAGUGAAAGUCUUCCUCUUGACCACUGCCCGGGCUCCAUACUGUGUGCAUCACAGCCUCGUGGAGUUUUACUUGCAGGAGCCAAGAAACAAAGACACCCUCAUCUCCGUCACCUUCCUUAGCAGCAAUGUUACUUCCUUGGUCAAGAUCACCAUACCUAGACAGGAACUCCAGGGGAAAGGAGUCAUAGCUCACGCCACCCCUCAGUGCCAGAUAAACCAAGUGAAACUCAAGUUUCAGUCUUCCCGCCGAGUUUGGAGAAAAGACCGGACCACCAUUGUUGGGAAGUUCUGUACUGCUCCUUUGCCGGUCAAUGACAACAAAGAGAUGGUCUGCUUACCUGAGCCAUUGACCUUACAAGCAAGUGCGACUGUUUCUUUUGACCUGAAAAUAACAUGUGUAAUAGUAUAAGCCUGGACAGGAUACAUCUCCCUGGACUUCAGAGGAGAUUGGAGAAAACAAUGGAUGCUGAAUUCUCUGUACUAAAAUAGCAAUUGAAAAGAAGUUCUUGGAACAAGAGAGGGGAUGGAGGGCAGGGAGGAAGAUGGAAGACCGCUUACCAUUGCCUCCUCUGGAUAUCUGGAAGGUUUUGAGGAUCCGAGAGAUCUUUUGGGGAUAGAAGUGGAUCUUCUUUGCAUCAGUGUUUCCCCAAUUUUGUUGUAAGUUACCUCACAUCAGACAUAGUCCAGCCAGAAACAGAUGAUGUGCUCAAAAUGGGUAAUUUGUGGAGAAUUUAAUAAAAAGACUAUUGACAGAGGUGUUAGUAGGAAGUGGGAAGACCAAAAGGGAUAGUGUGGUUCCCUGGGGCCAGGGGCCGUGGCAACUGCUACUGCGCUUGGUCUGAAGAGGCAACAGCACCAGAAUCCUGAGACUGAGAGGGGCUGCUAGACUUUCAGACAAGGGACACGGUCGCCGGUCAGCAAUCCUGCAGGGAGGAGACCGGGAAGAUAGAUUCUGUGACCUCACUCCUCUCUCUGCCCUCAUCUCCUGCUUGUGUUCCCCAUUGAAUGACUCCAAGCAGAAGCCAGAAGGCGAGAGGCAUGCUGAUGUGAGCCAGGGCGUAGAGCAGGACAGGGAAGGGUGGAGAGUGGCUGGGGUGGGGCUGAGGAACAGAGAUCUGACACACCCCUUCCCCACUCUCUCCACAGCUGGGUACUCCCUGGAUUCUUCCAGACUUACUCGUUUUCUUUAACCCUUUAAAGCAUCAUUUUAAUCAUUUUUAAGUGUACAAUUCAGUAGUCUUAAGUACAUCCAUCCUGUUGUGCAACAAUUAACCACUUUGCAUCUUCCCUUUUUCAUCUUCCCUAAUUGAAACUAUCCCCAUUGAACAGUUGCUCAUUGCCUCUCUCCCCCUGCCCCAGGUAAUCACUAUUCCGCUUUCCAUCUCUAUGAUUUCUACCCUUCUAGAAUACUUCAUACAAUCAUACAGUAUUUGCUCUUUUGUAUCUGGCUUAUUUCACUUCGCAUAAUGUUUUCAAGGUUCACCCAUGUUAUAGCAUGUGUCAGGAUUUCCUUUUCAAGGGUGAAUAAUAUUCCAUUGUAUUUAUAUUCCACAUUUUGGUUAUUGAUUCAUCCAUCCGUGGACACUUGGAUUACUCCAGCUUUUGGCUAUUGUGAAUAAUGCUGUGAACAUAGGUGUGCAAAUUAUCUGUUCAAGACUUUUUUUUUUUUAAAGAUUUUAUUUAUUUGACAGAGAGAGAAACAGUGAGAGGGAACACAAGCAGGGGACUGGGAGAGGGAGAAGCAGGCUUCCCGCCAAGCAGGGAGCCUGAUGCGGGGCUCGAUCCCAGGACCCCGGGAUCGUGACCUGAGCCGAAGGCGGACGGUUAACGACUAAGCCACCCAGGCGCCCCUGUUCAAGACUUUUUAAAAUGUGCUUUGAGAGAAACUGCUGACUUGCUGACUCCUGCUUGCCAGUAAGGCAGGAAAAUGACGUGAGCCACAGGCUGCAACUGCGUCAUUGAGCCGGCACCCAGCUCACCAGACUAGAGAGCUUGGGCCUUUGUCUGGGCUGCAGAAAUGCAGCAAGAGGAGAGGGGACACGCUGUGAAUACUGACAUACCUGCUUUAUUUUCUGCACCACAGUCAGGAGGACCAAUAACAUGUCUGAAGAAACCUCCCCCAAUAUGCAGGUUUGGAGUUCAUUUUUAUUUUUCAAAAUCCAAAGCCCCUCUUUCCUUUCUUUACUCCCUCCCUUCCUCCACCCAGGACCCGGGCAAGAACCUGCCUGGACACGGGCUUACCCAGAGGUGGGUUCAGGCUGCACUUCCUGUAACUCAUCUGCCAUCCUGGGAGACACUGCUUAGCCCAUAGUGCUUAUCGCUUCGUGGUGUGUGCGAAUUAUGCUUCUAUGAUCAAAAUUAUGUUACGGGAUGCUGACUGGUGUUACGCUGACCUGACCGGUUUUACCCUGUCCUCAUACUUUCAGUUUUGCUUUUGGACACACCCCUGUGUUGCUUUGCUAAUAGCUUCUUACUUUAAAGUGCCGUUAGACUCUCCCACAUUUGAUUUUCCUCCCUGUCGGAAACUUUAGAUCAUCACCUUAAACAAAAAACCAGUUUCCCUUUAUCACAACUUAGUACAAUGAGAACAUAAUGUUUAAAAUUCCAACAAGAUACUGUGGCUUGCUGAGGGCUCUACGCUCCAGGCCUGUCUUUUCCUUACUCAAAAGGGAAGAUCAGCAAAUACGAGAGAGAUGUCAAAACCGUAUUAACAGUCAGAGACUUUCUUCUGUAUGUAAUAAUGAAUUGAAAGAAAAUGAAAAUAGAAAUAGCAAUCUCACCGUGAGAUUUAAUGUUAUUUAAAGUUGGGUCUAUGUGCGUGCUCGCUUCGGCAGCACAUAUACUAAAAAAAGUUGGGUCUAUGUGCUACCUUAAACCAUCUUGCCCAGCAGCCCACACUUUGGGAAACCCGGCUUUAAGUAGGUGGGGCAUGUGUGGAGUUCAAAAAAAGGGAGAGGUAACAUGGAAUUCUUCUUGAUGCCAAGGCAAGAGCGUGGGUCUCCCCUCCACACCCACGUUGCUCACAACUCUUUGAAGAUCUUCUCAUGAACAGAGACUAUUACAGAAGUAAUCCACUUCAGUAGUCAGCCUGUGCCCUUACGUGGCACUACAAACAUGGUUUCCAGACCCUUCUCUUCUCUGGUCACUCUACCCUGAAUAUGUUCAGUUUGUGCCACGAUCCCAGGACUGGGCUCGAUAUUGGAGGCCUUCCUCCCACAGAAUAUAUACCAGGAGUAUAUUUUCACAUGUUCCUCAUAGUAGUCCUCCAGUAAUUCAGCCCAAGAGUCACUUCAGGGAAACUGUAGAGUCUAUAUUUUCAUAGUCUAUAUUCUUAUUUUAUAUUUUUAAAGAGUCUAUAUUCUUACUGUAUCCAGCUUGCUUUCUUUCUUGUGGAGUUGAUUUUUUGAACCUGAAUGAACUUUUCAUACAACCCAAUUCCAUUCCAUAUUAUUGUUGUAGUAUCUCCAACUUGUCAGGAAUUUCUUUUUUUCUUCCCCCCAGACUCUUAACUACAGAGAAAACAGAGGGUUACCAGAGGGAAGGUGGGCAGGGGGAUGGGUGAAACAGGCGAAGGGGAUUAAGAGUACACGUAUCUUGAUGAGCACUGAGUAAUAUACAGAAUUGCUGAAUCACUAUACGGUACACUAAAACCAAUAUAACACUGUAUGUUUACUGGAAUUAAAAUUUAAAAAAAUUUAUGGUCCCGUGGUCAGAGGCAUGCUGGACAUCCCCUCCAAAGAGAAAGACAAACUAUUUCAUCUUUCACCAACUACAAUGAAAAUGGAUGCCCAGUGCCAGGUAGGUGUCUCUGGGUUCUGGAGGCAUCAUGUUCUACAGCUAGCAAUACGUUGAUGGCCCAUAUCCGGAGUGAGAACAGUGGCUGGAUCUGAGAGCUGUAAAACAGGAAAGGGCUCUGCAGCCAGUCCAGACUGCCAUGCAAGCAGCCCUCCUGUUUGAGUCACAUGACUCAGUGGAUCCCCUGGUGUUAUCAGUGGUAGGAAAAUAUGCUGUGCGAAGUUUGUGGCAAGCCCCAUUGAAAAAAUCACAACAUAAGUCCCUGAGGUUUGGGAACAAGGCCAUGCCUUCUGGAAAAAAAAAAAAAAAAAUCCCUGUCAGGAAUUUCUUAUAUCCUGAUUUUAUCCUUUUUUUUUUUUUAAAGAUUUUAUUUAUUUAUUUGACAGAGACACAGCGAGAGAGGCAGGGGGAGUGGGAGAGGGAGAAGCAGGCUUCCCGCCAAGCAGGGAGCCCGAUGUGGGGCUCAGUCCCAGGACCCUGAGCCGAAGGCAGACGCUUAACAACUGAGCCACCCAGGCGCCCCAUCCUGAUUUUAUCCUUAAGAACAUUUAUUUCUCCCUCCAAGCUUCAUGUAAUUUUUAUAUAUAUAUCAUAGGGAUAAAUAUAUAUAUACAGAUAUAUAUAUAUUUUAUAUAUAUAUAUGCACAUUUAUAUAUGACAUUUUUAUAGACUGCAGUUUUUAUAUAGCCAAGAACUUGAAAGGAGAGGGUAAAGGUUAAAGCCCUACUUCUGACAUACCUCUAGAAGCUUCCUUCAGAUUAAUCAAUACCCUGGGUCUCACCCUUCACAUAUAUUUCUAACUCAUGUUUAUCUUGACUACUUACAUAUUAUGAGAAAAGUUUCAGUACUUUAUAUCUACAAUGAUCCCCUGAUUUGAGGGAGAGAGAGAGAAAAGAGAAAUUACAUGAUUAAUUGAGUUUUAGCAUGACUUAAUUCCCAGGAGCCCAUGUAGGCUCUCCUACUAAUUGCUACUUCAUUUCCUAAAUAUAUAAAAGUGAUGUUGUUAGUGAUUUGUUCCUGGACUUUGCUGAUAACACACCGAGCUUCCGAGGAAUCUCUGCUUUCCGGAAACUCUUUUUGGUCACUGGAGCAAAUGUAUCUACCUACCAUCUUCUAACUUCUUUCUUUGGGAUUAUUCAGUGAUCCCCGAACAAAGAGCUCAGUUACCCUACAAGGUCUUUCUAAAGCAAGACUGUGAUUCAGGAUCUGGGUACCAGGAUUCAUUUAAAGCAGCUAGGUGAUCUCUUUCUAUUCUUGACCCUCAGAUUAAUUUCCAAACAAAACACUCCUCUACAUUAUCAUAUAUAUUUUUGAAACUACAAAAUCAAUAGAUGCUCAUUUUAACAAGUCAAACUGUAUAGACCUAUAGCUGCCAUGGUCCUGAGGUCAUCUAUGUUAAUAGCCAUAUACAUCCUUGUACACAUUACUCCAUGCAGAUACAAAUAUAUACAUACAAAGUUUUUUUUUUUUAACAAAAAUGAAAUCAUAGCACACCUAUUGCUCUGCAAUUUUCCUUUGUCACUUAAUAACCUAUCCCUCCUAUUAGACAUAGGUCUAAUUUACUCAUUGGAUGUGUAAUAAUCCACAGUAUGGAUCUGCCAUAACUUAGUCAACCAUCUUCUUUGUGAUGGAUAUUGAGGUUGUUUCAACUACAAAUGAUGCCACAAUAGAUAUUUUUGUACAUCUCAUUUAUUGGUACCUCCAUUUCUUUUUUUUUUUUAAAGAUUUUAUUUAUUUGAGAGAGAGAGAAUGAGAGAGAGCACAUGAGAGGGGGGAGGGUCAGAGGGAGAAGCAGACUCCCUGCCGAGCAGGGAGCCCGAUGUGGGACUCGAUCCCGGGACUCCAGGAUCAUGACCUGAGCCGAAGGCAGUCGCUUAACCAACUGAGCCACCCAGGCGCCCGGUACUUCCAUUUCUAUAUGGUAGAUUUCCUGUGUGAGAAUUGCUAGGUCAACAGAUAUAUCAAAAGGUUAGUAAUGCUGGAUUACUUUCCAAAAAUGUCAUACCAAUUCACAAACUCUCUGACAAUGGUUCAAAGAAAAUGUUUUCUUGCAAUUACUUAUUCAAGUAUUUGUCUUCCUAAGAUAAGUUACUCAAAUCCCCAAAUUUCUCCUCCAGAGUUCCCAUGUGGUGUUCAACUGGUUCCAAGUUGGCUGACUCAUACCCAUCUGUGAAACUGGAAUGACACUUUCCUUCAGAACUAUAGGGGCCUGAGAUUUCAUUACCUUUAAAAAUGGCAUUCAUUCAGAUGCCAUAGUCUCUGAAGAGUGAACCCACUGGGAGGGGGUAGCUAUAAAGAACUUAAAAAAAAUAAAGGCUUAUUUUUUUAUGAUUAUAAAAUUCAACUCAUCUAAAAAAUUUCAGCCAAUACAGAAAGUUAAGAAAGAGAAAGUGAAAAACUAAAACUUCCUGAGCAUUUAGUAAGGGCCAGGUAGUGGUCUAAUCCCUUUAUAUAAAUUAUCUCAAUCCUCCCAGCAAUUCCAUAUAUUACCUCAUUUUACCUAUGAGGACGCAGAGGGAGAGGGAAAUUAAGCACCUCGCCCAUGGUCAUGCAGCUAGCAAUGGGUGAAAUCAGGAUUCACACCAAGCCACAUGCCUCCAGAACCUGGGCUCUAACCACCACGUAAUACAGGUUAGCCUGCUCAAGAUGGUUUCUAGCACUUGCAUACAAAUGUCUUAUUGAAACAGAAACUUCCUUAGUCUGGUCCCACUCUGCCUAACUGAAAUUACCUGCCAUGUCCCCCAGUGUGCUGGAGCCGGCACCCCUCUAAAACAUAGUGUGGACGAUGUCGCCUCCAGCCUUUGCACCUGCUGCCCCCACCAUCCCCUUCAGAUUCUACCAGGCGUUCAAGGUCCACGUCCAGGUCUAUUUCUUCCGGGAGGGCUGGCCAUCAAUAUGUCAUUUCAGUCAGUAGCUAUGCUGCCUUGCAGUGGUGGUCAAUAGUUUCCUGCAUGUAUGUCAGGCUUCUAUAAAGAGAUUGUAAGGUCCUUAAAGGCAGGGGCUGUGUUUUCUUUUUCUCUGUGUCCUCCACGUUGUAAGCAUGCAAUAAAAGCUUCUUGAGUGGAAUUCAAGACAGCAUUCUAACGAUGUAGAUGAAAGCAAAGAGAGAUCAGGCUUAACUGACCUGAGAGGCUUAACUCCAACAACGGGUUGGUGUCUUUUCAUUUAGUGUCAGAAUGGCCUUCAUUUAUUCAUCUUGUUUUAAGGUUUUGCUUGCCAGUGUUACAUUUGAACCUUUAAAGAUUUCUACAGGAGUGUGGUGCCUGGCAGGCUCAGUCGGUAGAACAUGUGACUCUUGACCUCGGGGUUGUGAGUUUGAGCCCCACAUUGGGUGUAAAGAUUAGUAAAAAAUCAAAUCUUUAAAAAAAAAAAUCUCUACAGGACGAAGCUCUGGGUAUAUAAAAGGAAUUAUAUUGAAACAUACAUCUCGUCAAAUUGCUGAAAUCUCACCCAGUCCUUGCUCUCCUUGUUCGGUGGCCCUAAGUGACCUUCUCAGAGAGACAUACACUGCUGCCCCCAGCCUUAAUCAUGCCUCUAACCUCACUCAUGGGCACUCUCAGGCCCUGGGGUGACCAUCACAACCCCACCUUUACCCCAGAGAGGUUGGCCUCCUCCCCUCAGAGGGGAGCCUGAAGGUGAUGUGACCAUCCCUGUGCCUGAGUUCUUCCAUUUCCCAGGCCCCCCAAAUCCUCCCUAUCCUUAGUAUUCAUCCUCUCAUUUAUGAAACUGUAACUGUUUGCUUUAUGGGACCAUUCUGUGUCCUGACAACAGCCUAAACUCAACCCAUCCAAAAUCAACUCAACAUCUCCCCCGAAGUUGUUCUUCCUCUCCUCAACGGUAAUAGCCACGACACCAUCAUCCAAAAUGCAGGCUUGAAGCCUGAGUCAUCUUUGGCUCAGAACACUAUAAUGCUCAAAAAACAAAAACAAAAAAACAGUCAUCCUCCUUUCUCCCUCCCAAUACCUUAUUUACACUUAGACACCAUGUCUCUUAAUUUCUUCAAAAUGUGGCUGAUAUUUGUCCCUUCCUCUCUGUUCUCUCAGACAUGUGGUGAGGCCCUGGAUUAGUCAACAAACCACAGAGUGUCAGAGGAGGAAACCAGAGCCCAGAAAGAUGGAGGGAAUCGCCUGAGGUCAAACAGCCACUGGAGAAACAGCAUGGCCCCUCUCCCGUUCAUAUCGCACUUCCAGACCUGCACUGCGCUUCUGCUGGAUUUUAGGAACUCAAAGUGACGCUUCAUUACCUGAGACACGUGAGCUUUAAGAACUUUUUGGAGGUUAACAAGGGACAGUGUUUGCCUGGAAGUGAAUUCCUGCUGCUUCCUUGAAGCUCUGGGUCUUUCCCAUCUAUCCAGGCCUGUGUCAGUACAAACAGUCCUUAUUUUGGACAGAACCAGAGGGUGGAGAGGUAGAAAGAGAUCUAGGUGAAUAUCCAGGGAAGGAGAGCCCACUCUGGGAACACCUCUCUUCAAGGCCCUGGGGUUAGGCCGAGUCCAGUGAAAAGGCGCCUUCUCUCUUGCAGUUACCAGCCCUCACAACUGUACAACUUCCAGUGUUCACUCAGCCCUCCUGGUCCGGACCCCAACCUCAAGAUCACUCCUUCUCACUCUCAGCCCCGGGUUCAUUUCAGAAGCUGCCCUCUGCUGUAUUUCCUCUCUGGAGAGUACAGGGAAAUGGGCAAAACUGGAGACAUGUGAUCCCCAAACCAGAAUGUUUGUUCAUUCGUUCAUUUAUUCACUCAUGUGGCAAACCUUUAUUGUAGGCCAACUGUGCCAGGCACUAUUCUGAUGGCAAUUCUCUUAAAAAUAACUGCAAUGUAUUGAAUGCUUACUAUGUGCCAGGCAUAGUUUUAAGUCUCAUUAAACUCCCACAGCAACAUAUGAGAGAGGUUCUUUUUUUUUUUUUAAUUAUGUUAUAUUAGUCACCAUACAGGGCAUCAUUAGUUUUUGAUGUAGUGAUCCAUGAGGUUCUUUUUUUAUUGCGAACUGAAGUGCAGAGCAUUUAGGAAACAAGCCAGUGAAAGUGGCAGUUCUGAAAUUCAAACCCAGGUGGUCUAGCCCCAGAACUUUGUUUUCUUAACCCUACACUAUGUUGAUGGGGCAUCCUAACUCAAUCAACGUCUAUUUAUGUCAUCCCCGUCUCCUUCUUUUUUUUUUAAACGUGAUUUCCUGGCAAUGGCACGGUGUCUGGCCAUGAUGCAUUAAAGUCAGUUUUACUGGGUCAGAUAAAAUAACACAGCAUAAAUAGGGUUUAAAAAAUAUGUGUUUAUGUUUGUGAUGAAGAAAUGACAGCUGUCAAAUAAUUUGAGAGCUCCUGAAGCUGAAAAAGAAGAAGAGAAAUAGAAGGUAUGUGGUGAAUAGUGAAGAAUCAGGUUACAAGAAACACAAUUUGGGGAAAAGAGAAGAAACCAGACCAGUGAAAUUAGGGGUGACCAACGCUCUCCUGUCGCACACUUCAGGGAGGGGCAGGCAAGCAGUGUGAGCUGUCCACAGGCAGGAGAUGGGGGGCAGCAGGCCUGAGCUCCUCAGCUGGGCCUGGAGAAACCAAACAGAAAGGAUCCUUACUCAGUCACGCAUGAGUCAAAGACAAAGUUCCCUAGCUUGAAAGGGGGCAGAAGCGAAAGAACGCUGGUAAGUGAACUAGAAGUUUCUAAGAUCCUAAUCUGACCCAUGUUGAAAUGUUUAGCCUCUGAGUUUAACAAAGAUCUAACAAUUACCAACUGAAUGCCAGGCACAUGGCACCGUGUAAGGUGUUGGGACCAGGGCAAUAAGUAAGAAUCUGCCCAGCCCUCAAGCACCGAGACAGGAAGUCUGGAGGGAGAUGAGCUGAGGGAGGUGGUCCCAGAGGACUCUGAGAGUCCUGGAGGGGACAGGUUAAUGCUGACAGAGGUGGGGUAAAUGGCAG